AUGAGCUCACUCAAGCGAAAGGAUGCCCCCGGGGGCACUCCUCCAUCAAAAGCAGCAAAGGCUUCGAAGGUGUCCCGGCCCUCGAAGCGCGACACUCCCACCAAGGACAAGAAGGAGGCGACAGCAGAUGCUCCCGCGCCGAAGGCCCCUGCCGUCUCAGCCCUGCUCAAAGAUGAAGAGCCACUGUUCCCUCGUGGUGGCGGAAGCGUCCUUACGCCUCUUGAGCAGAAACAGAUCACAAUGGAGGCCAAGGCCGAUGCUGCCAAGGAGGAGGCUGAGCUUUUCGACCCCAACGUGAAGAGUAAGGCAAAGAAGGAGAAGAGGCGGAAAGCGAAGGAUACCAAGGACUUGAAGCCCGCAAGAGACGAAGACGCCGUCAAGAUUGAAGGUCUCAACUUCAAGCGACUGGUAAAGGGCUCACUGGUCCUUGGCCAAAUCACCCAUAUCGACCCUGUUCAGCUUACGAUUGCCCUGCCCAACAACCUCACUGGGCAUGUGUCAAUCACCUCGAUUUCGGAAACAAUCAAUUCGAAACUCGAGAAGGAUCUGAAUGCCGCCGACGAGGAGAGUGACAACGACGAGGAGGAAGAGGACGACGAGGGCAUCGACCUGAAAUCCAUGUUCAAGAUCGGCCAGUACGUUCGCGCAUACGUUUUGUCGACCGCAGACGAUUCAGGCUCUGGCAAGGCCAAGCGCCGUAUCGAACUUUCGCUUCGACCUAACGAAGCCAACGCUGGAAUCACUGGCGAUGACGUCGUCGCAUACACCACGCUCAUGGCUUCGAUCGCCAGUGUUCAGGACCACGGUUACGAAAUGGACUUGGGCAUCGAGGGAGAUCUGAAGGGUUUCCUUGCCAAGAAAGAAGUCGGUCCGGACAUGGACGAGGCUAGCCUGCGGCCAGGUGCCGUCUGCCUUUGUGUUGUGAAGAGCGUGACUGGCAUCGUCGUUCAGCUGUCGACUGAUCCCCUCAAGCUUGGCAACACAUCGCUUGUUGCUUCGACUGCCCCCACGAUCAACUCUUUCUUGCCUGGAUCUCUGGCUGAUGUUCUUCUGACUGAAGUCACCUCGAGAGGUCUGCAGGGCAAGCUCCUUGGUCACCUGCCUGUCACUGCCGACCUUAUUCACUCCGGUGUUGGCCCUGACGGUGUCGACCUCGAGGCCAAGUACACCGUAGGCAGCAGAGUCAAGGCGAGAAUCAUUUGCAACUUCCCAGCCGCAAGAGAGCCCAAGCUCGGUAUCUCCCUGCUGCCCCACAUUGUCAACAUGCAGCCAAAGUCAUCAGGCAAGGGUAGCAGAGCCAAGGCCCCUCUUGAUCUGCUCCCCAUUGCUUCGUUUGUCGAGAAGUGCACAGUCCGUAAAGUUGAGCCUGAGAUUGGUCUCUACGUCGACACUGGCGUUCCCGGCAUUGCUGGUUUCGUGCACAUUUCUCGUGUCAAGGACGGCAAGGUCGAUGCGCUCUACGAAACCAGUGGCCCGCACAAAGUCGGCUCUACGCAUCGCGGCAGAGUCGUCGGUUACAGCUCUCUGGAUGGCAUGUUCCUGCUGUCAUUCGAGCAGCAUGUUCUCGACCAGCCUUUCAUUCGCCUCGAGGAUGUGCCUAUCGGAGAAGUUGUUUCUGGCAAGGUCGAAAAGGUCAUUGUUGGCGAGAACGGUGUCAGCGGACUCAUCGUUAAGUUGGCCGAGGGCAUCAGUGGCUACGUUCACGAGUCGCAUCUUGCCGACGUUAAGCUUCAGCACCCAGAGAAGAAGUUCAGAGAGGGAAUCACAGUCAAGGCGAGAGUCCUCUCGGUACGCCCUCGCAAGCGCCAGCUUCGUCUGACGCUCAAGAAGACCCUGGUCAACUCUGAUGCUCCCAUUGUCAAAAACUACGACGAGGUUGAAGUGGGCAUGCAGACUCCCGGAACUAUCACUGGUUUUACUGCAGCCGGCGCUCAACUCGAGUUCUUCGGAGAAGUAAGGGGCUUCUUGCCAGUGUCCCAAAUGAGCGAAGCCUACAUUAAGGAUCCCAGAGAGCAUUUCCGGACUGGUCAGGUCGUCAGUGUCCACGUGCUUGACGUGAACCCCGAGGAACGCCGGAUGGUUGUUUCUUGCAAGGAUCCGUCGGCCUUUGGCCUGGAUAAGCAAGCUGCGCUGAAGGCUCUGAAGGUUGGUGAUAUUGUGUCUGCCAAGGUCAGCCAAAAGACAGAGGAUGAAGUCUUCGUUGACCUCGAGGAGAGCGGCCUUAAGGCCAUUAUCCGCACCGGCCAUCUGUCAGACAAGUCUGCUAGCAAGACUCAAGCUGCCUGGAAGCGCAUCAACGUUGGAAACACCCUAGCCGAACUAGUGGUGCUUGACAAGAAUGAGCGCCGGCGUGCCAUCAUUCUCUCCCAGAAGCCGAGCUUCGUCGAGGCGGCCAAGAACGGCAAGCUUCUGUCCAAUGCUGAGAAUGCUACUGUUGGCACUGUUGCCCCGGCCUACGUCCGCGAGAUUGGUCCUCACGCCGUCUACGUUCAGUUUGGUGGCAACCUCACUGCAAUCUUGCCCAAGACCAAGUUGCCCAAGGAUGUGCAGGACAAGGAUGCGUUUGGCAUGCGCAAGCACCAAAGCAUUGAGGUCAAGAUUGUGUCCUCCAACCCCGAGCAAAACCGCAUCAUCGUUGCCCCUGCCUCUACCGGUGAGCCCGAGCCACUCGCGGCCGAGUCUGCCGUGAACUCUGUCGACGACAGCAUCAAGAACAUCAACGAUGUUGCUCUCGGCACAACACUGAACGCCCAGGUCAUCUCUGUCAAGAACACGCAGUUGAACGUCAAGGUUGCAGACAACAUCCAAGGCCGCAUCGAUGUUUCGCAAUUUUACGACAAGUGGGAUGACAUUGCGAACCGCAAGAAUCCUCUGCAGAAAGUAAAGGCAAACGAAAUUAUCCGCGUCCGCGCCAUCGGCAUUCACGACUCCAAGAACUACCGCUUCUUGCCUUUCUCUCAUCGUUCUACACACUCUUUGAUCGAGUUCACCGCCAAGAAGAGCGACCUCGAGGCAAAGGAAGUCGAGUUGCUUUCAUACGACAAGAUUGAAGUCGGCUCUUCCCACAUCGCUUUCGUCAACAACCACGGCAAGAACUGCUUGUGGGUCAACCUGUCACCUACUGUCCGUGGCAGGAUUGGCAUCAUGGACGUUUCGGAUGAUUUGUCUCACGCCGGAAACCUUGAGAAGUACUUCCCUGUCGGAUCUGCUCUCAAGGUCCGCGUCUUGUCUGUCGAUGCUGAAAAGGGACAUCUGGACCUCUCUUCUCGUUCUUCCACAGGCUCUACUGAGGUUACCUGGGACUCUUUGAAGAAGAACGUAGCCCUCCCUGGUAGGGUCACCAAGGUGAACGAUCGUUCGGUCAUGGUCAAGCUCAGCGACUCCGUGUCUGGUCCUGUCCAUCUGGUCGAUCUCUGCGACAAUUACGACGAAGCAAACACUCUGAAGUACACCAAGGGUGAGAUUAUCCGCGUCUCAGUGGUCGAGGUUGACAAGAGCAACAAGAGACUCAGACUCUCUACCCGCCCGUCUCGCAUUCUCAGCUCUACCUCUCCUGUUGCCGAUCGCGAAAUCACCAAGCUGUCCCAGGUCUCCUCUGGCGACAUUAUCAGAGGCUUCGUAAAGAACGUCACUGAUAAGGGCGUCUUUGUGCAGCUCGGAGGUACCGUCUCCGCUCUGGUCAAGAUCGGCAACCUCUCAGACCGCUACAUCAAGGACUGGAAGGGCAACUUCCAGGUCGAUCAAUUAGUCAAGGGCCGUGUUAUCAACGUCGACAGCGCGAUCAACCAGGUCGAACUUAGUCUCAAGGCUUCCGUCGUCGAGAACGAUUACACACCCCCUGUGACGUACAAGGACAUCAAGGAGGGUCAGAUCGUUACCGGCAAGGUCCGCAAGGUUGAGGAGUUUGGUGCCUUCAUCGUUGUCGAUAACUCCCUUAAUGUUAGUGGUCUGUGCCAUCGCAGCGAGAUGGCCGAGAAGCCCGUGGAGGACGCUCGCAAGCUUUACAGCGAGGGCGACGUGGUGAAGGCCAAAAUCCUCUCUGUGGAUGAUGAGAAGAGACGAAUUACGUUUAGUCUCAAGCCCAGCCAUUUCGACGAGGACAGCGACAUGGAGGAUGUUGAGGGAGACAACGAAUCAACGGGCAAGUCGAAGAAGUCGAAGGCGACCGAGAAGAAGGAGAAGAAGAAGAGCGGAAUCCAGGUCGAUCGUACCGCUGACCUUGACGCCCACGGACCCCAGACCGCGACCGACUACGAGCGUCUUCUGUUAGGAGAGCCUGACUCGUCUCAACUGUGGAUUCAGUACAUGGCUCUGCAGAUGAAGGUCAGCGAGCUGGCCAAGGCACGCGAGAUUGCCGAGCGCGCCAUCAAGACUAUCAACAUCCGCGAACAAACCGAGAAGCUCAACGUCUGGAUUGCGUACCUCAACUUGGAGGUCGCAUACGGCACCAAGGCGUCGACCGAGGAGGUUUUCAAGCGUGCUUGCCAGUACAACGAUGAACAAGAAGUUCACGAGCGUCUAGCCAGCAUUUACAUCCAAUCCGGAAAGCUCAAGCAAGCGGAUGAUGUCUUCCAAUCACUUGUGGCCAAGUUCAAGUCAAAGUCACCCAAGGUCUGGGAGAACUAUGCCCACUUCCUGCACGUGACGAUGAACGAGCCCGACAGGGCGCGCGCUCUUCUGCCCCGUGCAACUCAGGCAUUGGAGGAGCGUCACACCGCCCAGCUGAUGGCCAGCUUCGGCGCUCUGGAGUUCAAGUCUCCCAACGGCGACGCCGAGCGUGGCCGCACGACGUUCGAAACAAUUCUCGCCACAUGGCCGAAGAGAUUCGACCUGUGGAACCAGCUGGCUGACCUCGAGAUCUCGGCUGCCGAGCCGGAUACCACGGCGAUUAGGGAUGUCUUUGAGAGGGGCACCAAGGCCAAGGGUCUCAAGCCCAAGAAGGCGAUGAAGUGGUUCAAGCGGUGGGCCGACUGGGAGCAGAAGCUGAGCCCGAAGGGCCGGGACAAGGUGAUGGCCAAGGCUCAAGAGUGGGUUGCAGCGGCCAAGGCCAAGAAGGGCGCAGCCGCUGAAGAGGAUGAUGAGGAGUAA